UGUAGCUGAUUACAGAUGAGCAGCUAUCAGUCUCACAAGGCAGGUGUCGUUGUUUUAUGACAAGCUCGAAUCGACUGUGUAUAGGACUAACCCACUAUCAAUGGGUAAGCGCAGUAUUUCUAGUCCGUUAGGUUUCAUCUGUCAUGAAAAUUAACAGUAAAGAGCAGUGGAGGUUAUAUGCUUGUGAAAAUAAGAUGCCCCCGCUGAGUGAGUGAUGACAAGCCGUGGGGAGGCUGCUGACAUUGACGAUACAGCAGUGACUGACUAAAAUGGGAGCGCGGCGAAGAAAUGACAAUCGAACCGUAUCAAUGGGGGAACCAGCGAUCUGGUGCUGAGGAGAACGGAGCAUCAUCACCGACCAAAACACCAGCCUUCAGCAUCUCAACAGAAUCCGCCACAUAACAAAGAUGGCCAUUUCAAGAUGGAAAUUCGACUGACAGAUAAGAAGGACCUGUGAGACGUCGGGUGGAAACUGGGGACCCUGUCGGAGCUACAGCCACACAUGCUGUCUCCCUCACCCCACCAGCCUCAGCAUGCCCACUUCCGAGGCGCCCAGUGUGGGCAGUAACUCCAGCACCGUGCCCUGGGACCCUGGUUCCUCUGGUCCUCCUGGCCCCACAGAUUGGCCGUCGGUGGCCAACAGCGUAGUGAAGAUGGUGCUGAUCUCAGCCAUCGUGUGUGUGUCUCUGUUUGGUAACGUGGUGGUGUUGUUGGUGUUCCAGAGGAAGCCUCAGCUUCUCCACGUGGCCAACCGCUUCGUGCUCAACCUCCUCCUAGCAGACCUGCUCCAGACCGUGCUGGUCAUGCCCUUCGCCAUCGCUGCCACUAUGCCCGGCGUGUGGCCCCUGGACGCCCGCCUCUGCCAGGCCCUGGUGGUGCUCAUGCACCUGUUUGCCUUUGCCGGGGUCAACACCAUCAUCGUGGUGUCAGUGGACCGUUACCUGGCUAUCAUCCACCCACUGUCCUACCCCACCCGUAUGACCCCUCAUCUGGGCACCAACCUCAUCGCAUGCACCUGGGUGCUCAGCCUGCUCCAGAGCACGCCACCCCUCUACGGCUGGGGGGCCAUAGACUUUGACCGCAGGCAUAACGUGUGUUCUGUGGUGUGGUCCUCUAGCCUGUCCUACUCAGCCCUGGUUGCCACGUUCUCCUUCUGGCUGCCUGUGCUCAUCAUGCUGGGCUGUUACUGGAUGGUGUUCAGGGCAGCAAGGAGGCAGAACGCCCUGGUGCACCCCAUCCAGACCCACUCUAAGUCCCAGCCUAACCAGCCUCCGGACCCCCAGGCCCCCUGCAUCGGCAGCCCUCAGCGCCUGCCCCAACAGCCACCCCCACCCUUGGACUCCUUCUCGGCCGGGGGGUACCCCAUCCGGGGCAGGCACAGACGUUUCCACUACCACUGCAAGGCAGCCCGGGUGGUGUUUGUCAUCAUGGCAUCGUACAUCCUGAGCAUGGGACCUUACAGUGUUCUCAACACGAUGUCCAUUCGCUCCAGUGCUGCUGUGCCUCCAUGGCUGGCCUCCCUAGCCCUGGUGCUCUUCUUCUUGCAGUGCUGCCUCCACCCCUACAUCUACGGCUACAUGCACCGCAGUGUGAGGAAGGAGUUCCUGGCCCUACUGUGUGGUCCACUCUGCAAGCAGGGCCUUCUCUGCCACACCUCUGCACAGGACAGCUGCUUCACCGUGACCGACGGACGAUCCACGCAGCCCCAUCUGCCCAGCCUGGCUGCCCGCGUCUGCCCCCUCCGCACCUGGGAGGAGGGCACCACCACGGAGGCUACCUCCUCCACCAUGGAUAGGAGGUCCAGGGACAGCCGCAAAGACACCACCUCCACCAGCCUGAGCUCUGAGAGAGAGCUCACCGUCCACACCACCACGUAGUAGACAAGUCUACAGCGAAACAGCCUGGGAGAUGGGUUGAACUGUUUUUCGUGUGGCAGUUUUCCCCUCUAGUGAAGACAUGGUUAUUCAGCAUGGCUAAACUUGAGCAGAUUUGCCUUCUGGUCUACAGGGUUUUCCAUUCUGACAAUAGCUAUGUUUCCAUGAACUUGUCCAGUAAUUUUUUUUGUUGACGUUUAGAAAGUUCGCAUAGAUGAUAGAUUCGACAAUUACCUGCUACAGUGAGUUUCCAUUUAAAACAAAUUUAUGUCGAUAAAAACAGCUGUACGUAAUGACGUCACAACUAAUUAAACACGUUUUCGGAAAAACCUAUAGUGUCGAAUAAAAAUUAAGUGGUUGAAGUGUUUCCAUGACCCGUUUAGGCAAAUUGCGCAUGAAUAAAUUGUCGACAGCCUAGAAUAAUUGGGUGGUGAAACUUGCAUCCAGCCAACCAGAAAAUCUAUGUGAAGCAAUUCAGCCAUUCUUGAAAGUCAGGACAAGGAUCCUGCAAAGAAACAUAUUUUUUUAUAGUUAAAACAUUGAUUUAGCAGGCUGUAGGCAUUUAGAAUUCAAAUGUGGAGUGGCGCUUCAUAGUACGUGUUGAAAUCACGUGCCCCGCGUACCUUCAAAAGUAUUUGGCAAUACAUUUUUCAGAAAAACACAGUUUCUAUCAUCAUUUGUUGCAAUAAAGAAAGUUUGACAAAAGAAAACUCCACCCCUGUUGAAUGGAUAAAAAUGUUGUCGAUCUGAAGAAAAUGUCUCCUAUAUCUGCCGUUUCCAUUACACAUCAUAAUGAGACCUGUCCUGCAGUGUUUUCCGUGAAAAGCCAUUGUUAGUUCUCCUAUUGUUCAGUUAUGGUUGAUGCGUAAUUUUGAGUGUUUUCUACCCUCAGAGAAAAAUCUCUGUCAAACAUCCACGAAACAGAUCAGUAGUAUCAUAUCAAAUUGAAAGAACAUGCUGCAAAUGUAUUUGACUGUUCUAACCGUUGUUACAGAACACAAACUCCUCAUGGUGACAGCUUGUUAUGUUUGUCUCCCGUGAGGAGUAUUACUACUCACCCUGCCUGUAGUGCAAUAAUGUUGUAACUGUACUGUAUAAUAUAACACAUGAUGUCAAGGAAGAGAUGGCUGAGAGGGACCAAAAUGACCAGUGAUUCAUGUAAUUCAUGAAUCUGAUUCACUAGUUUAGCACCAGAAUUAUCACAACUAGCUACCUAUCAUAUGCACAGUUGUCCUUCUGCAUUUCCAGAAUCUCAUCUACUAUCCCCAUUUAUCUCUGUGCCCGAUUACUCAGUAAGAUGAUCCCUGUUUCCCAUUACUCAGUAAGAUUAUCUCUGUUCCCCAUUACUCAGUAAGAUUAUCUCUGUGCCCCAUUACUCAGUAAGAUUAUCUCUGUGCCCCAUUACUCAGUAAGAUUAUCUCUGAUUAUCCCUGUGCCCCAUUACUCAGUAAGAUUAUCUCUGUGCCCCAUUACUCAGAAAGAUUAUCUCUGUGCCCCAUUACUCAGUAAGAUUAUCUCUGAUUAUCCCUGUGCCCUAUUACUCAGUAAGAUUAUCUUUGAUUAUCCCUGUGCCCCAUUACUCAGUAAGAUUAUCUCUGUGCCUCAUUACUUAGUAAGAUUAUCUCUGAUUAUCUCUGUGCCCCAUUACUCAGUAAGAUUAUCCCUGUGCCCCAUUACUCAGUAAGAUUAUCCCUGUGCCCCAUUACUCAGUAAGAUUAUCUCUGUGCCUCAUUACUUAGUAAGAUUAUCUCUGAUUAUCUCUGUGCCCCAUUACUCAGUAAGAUUAUCCCUGUGCCCCACUCCUCAGUAAGAUUAUCUCUGAUUAUCCCUGUGCCCCAUUACUCAGUAAGAUUAUCCCUGUGCCCCAUUACUCAGUAAGAUUAUCCCUGUGCCCCAUUACUCAGUAAGAUUAUCCCUGUUCCCCAUUACUCAGUAAGAUUAUCUCUGUGCCCCAUUACUCCAGUAAGAUUAUGCCUGUGCCCCAUUACUCAGUAAGAUUAAGCAGCCUGCCAGUGUUGCCAAUAAACCCAGGGUGUUAUGGGGACUGUGGAGUGCCCAUGCAUGUCCUUGAAGCCUCUUGAGCCUGUGAACACCACUCUCUCUGCCCCUGUACCGUCUGGUUCCCUUUCAAAGCACCUCUUGUUACUGAGCUGCGCAGUGUCUCAUUGACUGUUCCCCUCCACUACCAAGGGAACUGCUCUAGACAGCCUUCUGAGAGGUACACUGUUCAUGUUUGCCUUAGCCAGUUUGGCUCUCUCAUCUCAGAGGUUCAAAGGAGGCCGGCUGAGAGCUCUAACAAAAUCCCCAUCUUGCCUGAAUGCGGCCAUGCGUCAUGGUAGGGCUCCACUGACUCCAUAUUUGCCCACUUUGCAGCUUCUGUAAAGCGUAGAUAGUAUUAGUAUACCAUGUCAGUAUUGGUGUUACUUUAUCUUUGCACUUUAUCAGAGCAUAGUGCAUUAAGUAUCCAUCGAUAUGAAACAGGUUGCAAUGUACUGGAAACCAUUACCAGGGAUUUUAUUCAUGUUGUGACCUCAAAAUAUUGGUUAAAAUAUUCAAUAUGGUAAAAUGUACAUAACUCAUACAAAUGUGUGCAUAUUGAUUCAGAAAUGUAUUGCUCAAAGCCAUGAUGAAUGUACAGUAUAUGUAGAGAUCAGUCUCGGACCAUGGUCUUGAGGAACCAUAACGGUUGGUUUUCAUAGUACCUCAAGUGAAAUUGUUCAAAUCUAAAGCAAGCUCAUCACAGACCUGUUGGUUACCAAACUGGAGCAUGGUGCUGAUAUUGUGUUACAGUAGUUCUUUUCAGCAUUGGUUCUUCUCUGUUCUGAGUGGAAGUCCUUCAGCAAGUGUAAUCUGUAUGCAUGUUGAGAGGCUGAAGUGUUGCGUAUGAGUGAAAUAGACUCGAGUGCUGAGAACCUCAAUUUUCAGCUAUUUUGUUUAAAAGGUAGUUGACUUGGAGAGAUAGUUGACAAUAGACACUAUUGUAAAAAGUACUGUGUGAUAUGUUUCCUGUUGAAUAUGUCAUAGCGAAACUAAAAGAAAACAUGUUUUAUAUACAGUCCUUAUUUAAAAACUAGAGGUGUGUGGAUUUCUAUUGUGCUUUUUUUUAAAUAGUUCAUAAUUUUCAACAUGGUCCGAGGAUGUGUUCAUUUAUAAAAAUUAAUAAAAUGUGAGUUG